CUGCAUUUCGCGGAGUAUAGCAAAUUAAGCUUAACUCCAAACGUGCGCUCCAGCUGGUCUUGGGGAUCGUCACCAUAUCGCGAUCCAACUACAUCACUUAACGAGAGGGACAGGUUUGGUGACCCUAUAUCACCACACGGUGAUUACCAAGGUACACGCACUGACUACUGGCAAACUUGGGAUGCGACAGGCACAAACGAUAUAGCAGCCCAACCACCCCUUUGCGUCUCCGUGACAACAACACCCAGAAUAUACCUUACGCCGACGUAACAAGUACUACAUUAGAUCAGAUACAAUCAGCUAUUUUCGCGCCUUGUAUUGAAUCAUUGACACCAAGCCAAACUCGUUAUGCACCAGCUUUUCAAAGAAAUGCCAUACAUAGCGAAGGCGUCCUAAAGAUGUGGUGUAAUGAUGAAAGAAGUCUUUUCUGGCUCAAGGAAACUGUCCCUAGAAUGUCAUUGCCUAUGGUAGGGACAGCGCUCACUUCAACACUCACUUCAGCGCUCACUUUGUACACUUCUGUCAAAAAUACAACUUAGGUCGAGAUUAGAACUAUAUGUACCUAACUUUGAAGGAGGUAUAGAACAAUUACACCAGAUUUUAUCAUUGCAGAACCCCUGGUAUAACGUAUCUCUGUGGGCACUGUUCAGAUACGAAAAGGUAACAGGAAACCUACCCGGCGUAUUUCUAAUACUGGGAGUACCAAGUGAAGAGCUGCCCAACAUUCUAGCGCGUAAUUUAAAGGUCGCUUACUUAACAAGUACCAUCAAUAUACGGUAAUUCCAGGAUACGGAUAUACCACAAAACUCGGAACUAGGGGCUACUACCAUACUGGAAAUGGAGGAAGGAAGUUCAAAUUUCUUAUCCAUCGUGAAGACUCCGUCAUGGACCUAAUCAUACCCGUUGACACUACUGCACACCACAACACAAACAUAGUGAGAAGCACGACCAACAACAAAAGAGAGAUACACUGCUGACGUCGGUAGCUUGGCGACGAGAUGUUGCUGCAACCUAUUGAUGCCGCGUCUGCUGCCUUAUCACGUGGAAUACACAUCCCCGAAACUGAGAUACACUGCUGACGUUGGUAGCUUGGCGACGAGAUGUUGCUGCAACCUAUUGAUGCCGCGUCUGCUGCCUUUUCACGUGGAAUACACAUCCCCGAAACUGACGUAUCAGAUCUGUCAGAUUUAUACCAAUAUAAGGAACCUGGUUUUGCAGAGAUACACUGCUGACGUCGGUAGCUUGGCGACGAGAUGUUGCUGCAACCUAUUGAUGCCGCGUCUGCUGCCUUAUCACGUGGAAUACACAUCCCCGAAACUGAGAUACACUGCUGACGUUGGUAGCUUGGCGACGAGAUGUUGCUGCAACCUAUUGAUGCCGCGUCUGCUGCCUUUUCACGUGGAAUACACAUCCCCGAAACUGACGUAUCAGAUCUGUCAGAUUUAUACCAAUAUAAGGAACCUGGUUUUGCAGAGAUACACUGCUGACGUCGGUAGCUUGGCGACGAGAUGUUGCUGCAACCUAUUGAUGCCGCGUCUGCUGCCUUAUCACGUGGAAUACACAUCCCCGAAACUGAGAUACACUGCUGACGUUGGUAGCUUGGCGACGAGAUGUUGCUGCAACCUAUUGAUGCCGCGUCUGCUGCCUUUUCACGUGGAAUACACAUCCCCGAAACUGACGUAUCAGAUCUGUCAGAUUUAUACCAAUAUAAGGAACCUGGUUUUGCAGAGAUACACUGCUGACGUUGGUAGCUUGGCGACGAGAUGCUGCUGCAACCUAUUGAUGCCGCGUCUGCUGCCUUUUCACGUGGAAUACACAUCCCCGAAACUAAUACGUCAGUUGUCUUGUUUAAUUUUUUAUUUAAGAACUAGCUCCGCGGUCUUUGUCCGCUGCUGUUACGGUUUUUAUGUAACCGGUGGAACCGUUAAUUUACGGUAAAAGUAAAGUCUAAGUUACUCUCCGUCCUUUUAACUAGCGCUAUGCUAAAAAUUUGAUUAAUUUGUUACUAAGUGAGGGUGUAAAGGAAGGACAAACAUACACACAUUCGAAUUUAUAAUAAUAAUAACGUUUAUUUCGGAUAAAACUCCAUAGCUUGUGAUAUCAGUAAGAUUAUAAAAUUAUUUAUUGUUAGUAACAAUUAUCUUACUAACUAUUUUACUAAUUAAAACUGGCCAAACAUAUCUUCCAAUUAAGGUGAGUACCCUAUUGAUCAUUUGGUGUAUGAGUGAGUACCAACCCAAUGCUCCAUAAAGGGAUUUUCCCAUUUAUUGCUUAAUAUUUUCAAAAUAGUUGGAAAUAAAUCCAAAAGUGCACG